AUUUUUCAAUUUCACUUAUAAAAUAUUAAAAAAAAACACCAACUUUUCAUAGGUUUGAAAGAAUAUAAUUCAUGGAAUUUGGAAAUGUGGAUGAGUUUCUUAAGAACAGGACCAUUUUGGUCACUGGUGCAACUGGAUAUUUAGCUAAGAUUUUUGUGGAGAAGAUAUUGAGAGUUCAACCCAAUGUGAAGAAACUUUAUCUCCUUUUAAGAGCUAAAGAUGCCAACUCUGCCAUGGAUCGCUUGAAUAAUGAGGUGGUAGGAAAGGACAUAUUCAAAGUAGUGAGGGAAAAAUAUGGAGCAAGUCUACUUUCUUUUAUAUCAGAAAAAUUGACUCCAAUUCCUGGUGACAUUUCUUAUGAAGAUUUGGGAAUUAAAGAUUCUUAUUUGAGAGAUAAAAUGCUGAAAGAAAUUGAUUUGGUUAUUAAUUUUGCUGCCACUAUCAACUUUGAUGAAAGAUAUGAUGUUGCAUUGAGCAUUAAUACAUUGGGAGCUUUGCAUGUCCUGAAUUUUGCAAAGAAAUGUCCAAAGAUUAAGAUGCUAGUUCAUGUCUCUACUGCUUAUGUAUGUGGAGAAGAUACAGGACUUGUACUAGAAAAGCCAUUCUCAAUGGGUAAAGCCAAGAAGGGAAGCGUGAAAUUAGAUAUUAAAGAAGAAAUGAAAUUAGUGCAAGAAAAGUUAGAUCAACUUAAAUCAGAAAAUGCUUCCGAGAAAGAAAUUACAGAAAUUCUCAAAGAUUUUGGCAUUGAAAGGGCAAGGUUGUUUGGAUGGCCAAACACGUAUGUAUUUACAAAGGCAAUGGGAGAGAUGAAUUUGGUACAUUACAAACACAAUUUGCCCCUUGUUAUUAUACGACCAACUAUGAUAACCAGCACUCGCAAACAACCCUUUCCCGGCUGGAUUGAAGGUCUCCGGACCAUUGAUAGUGUAAUUGUGGGAUAUGGUAAAGGCAAAUUGACAUGUUUUGUUUCUAAUCCUCGCUCUUUCCUUGAUGUCAUACCAGCUGACAUGGUGGUGAAUGGUAUUCUGGUGGCAAUGGCGAAUCGUGAGAAGCAAAAAAGUUCAGAAAUAAUAUAUCAAUUAGGUUCUUCAGCAAGAAACCCUUUUAAAUUCUCAAGCAUUCAUGAUUUUAGCUUCCGAUAUUUCUCUGCAAAUCCAUGCAUCAAUAAAAAUGGCGAUCCUGUCAAAAUUACUAAGGGCAUUGUGUUAAGCUCCAUGGCCAGCUUCCGUUUGUUCAUGGCCAUUCGAUUUCAGCUUCCAUUGAAGGCAUUACAGCUCGCAAACACCUUGAUGUUGAAGAAAUAUGAAGAUACAUAUACGGUUCUUACUCACAAACUAAAUUUGGUGAUGAAAUUGGUAGAUCUUUAUAAACCAUAUCUUUUCUUCGAGGGCAUCUUCGACGAUACAAACUCGGAGAAGCUGAGAAUAGCAUCAACACCACAGACAAGUGUUGAAGAGGAAGAUGAAUUCGACUUCGAUCCGACAAAAAUUGACUGGGAAGAUUACAUGAUGAAUGUUCAUAUCCCUGGUCUUGUUAAAUAUGUCAUCAAAUAAUUUCACAAACUAAGAAAGACUUCAAUUUUUUAAUUAGUGAUGCAUAUCAUAUAAUUUAAUUGUAUUCAGAUUACAUCUUAUAUGUUUAUUAUUUUAUUUAUUAUCAUCAAACUUUUAAUAAUAA